AUGUCCUCAACACCCCACCUCGACGCCCUACAACGCGACGGCUUCGUCGUAAUCCGCAAUCUCCUCACCCCAACCGAAAUAACCCACUACCGCACCAUCGCCACCAAAGCAACAACCAAAACCCGCACAGGCGGCUGGCCGCAUUUCCGCACCGUCCCCAAACAAUUCCCCCCAUGGCCCUCAACCCCGCCCCCAGCCUCCGAGGGCGGCAUCUGGGGCGUCCAGCACCUGCUACACCCUGACAUGGAGAACCGCCAAUCCUUCGCACAGUGCUACUUCUCCGCGCCAAUCCUGCAAGUCGUUGAAGAACUCGUCGGCGUCUCCAACAGCACCAAUUCCAGCUCCGAAGAAUCUCUCGUCAUGGAACUAUUCAACCUCCUCGUCGCGCCAGAAACAAAGGACUUCGAGCUCCGCUGGCACAGAGACGAUAUCCCCGAGACCGCCACAGCCGAGGAGGAGCUCGCUCAGCUAGCGGCAAAGUCGCCCGGCGGAAGACAGUCGCAUGCGCAAUACAAUCUCGCGCUGUGUCCCGAUGCGUCGCUGAUUGUGGUGCCGGGGUCGCAUCGGCGGGCGCGGACGGAGAUCGAGCGCAACGCGGAGCCGUAUGAGCCCUUUUUGCCCGAUCAGUUGGUUGUGGAGCUGCAGCCUGGUGAUGCGGUGUUUUAUGAUAGUAAUAUUUUGCAUCGCGGGGUUUAUAAGGGCAAGGCGGAAGGAGGGGAAGAGACGCGUUUGACGUUGCAUGGGAGUUUGGGGGUUAAGGCCGGCGAGGGUGAUGAUGAGAAGAAGAAGGUACGGGCUACGGCUGUAUUGCAGCAUGGGGUUGGGGCGUGGGUGCGUAGGGAUGAUGCUGCUUUUGGGAUUGGGGAGAGGCCUGAGAGGAUGAGGGCUAAUCUGGUGGCUAUGGGGACUGGGGAGGGGAUUGGAUAUUCGCUGCAGGGGUAG